AUGACUCGGAACAACAUGGAACGAAGACAGGACGCCUCCGUGGCAGCGGCCAGUCCGCCCGCCGCCGCGAAUACCACGCUAUACCUCGCGAUCGGAGUGGGAGUGGGAGUCGCGAUUCUUUUCGCGAUGACGGGUGUGGCCAUCCGCAUCGUGUUGAAGAAGAAACAACACCAAAGAGAAGUAGCCGAGCUGGAACAUGGGGCGUCCAGCACUGCGAUCUCGCCCGGUAGGAAUACGGAACAGGCACCCCGACCCGUGACGAUGCGAUGUAGCCAGGUCAUGCCCAACUCUCAACAAGGCUGGGACGCACUAAGAUCGAGCGAGACUCUCAAUGUGCCUAGUCCGGUAGCCCGACAUCCGCAAAAGCGAUUGAGGUCCUCGGUUUUGCCGAAGAGGCUCAGGAAUCGUCGCAUACAGUUUGGCAAGAACAAAUAUCUGUCUGCAAUUGUUGAGCUGGAGAGUCCGAUUCGCGACAAGGCGUCGCCAGAACUGCCUUCUYUGGAGAACAUGGAGAAGUUCAUGGCUUCGUCGAACUUGAUCUACCCCGAGCAAGAUGACGCUGGUCAGUUUCGGAGUCAUCAAGCCACGACCGCAACGGGCUCAGCUCGCUCGGCAAGUCCGACAUUGGAUGCCCUACCGUCGUUCGCAAAGCGAUCUCCAACAAGGUACGAUGCCAAUCGGACCAAGAGCGAUGAUGCAACCAUAAGAGUUGCACGAUCUGCGUCCGCAGGCCUGUUGGGCGUCUCUGUCGUGGCCGGGACAGUGUCCGGUCAGGCAUAUUGUGAUUCAUACAGGUUGUAUCGCCCUGAUCCACACACUAGAUCACUCAGCCUCGGAGCACCAACAAGCCAACCACCGUCUGGACCUGUCCCACCAAUCCCUGCCAGAUCGCCUCACCGUCUGAUCACGAAGUUUGGCAACGAUGAAGAUGCACGGCAAGUAGUGUGCAUCUCGCGCACAUCGUCUUCAAGUGGUGAUUCCGCUAGCAGCUCGGUCCUGGUCACAAGCCCGAUCUUGACCAGGAACAGCGACAACGAUGCCCUGCAGUCGCCAACAUUGGAGGACGUCGUUGCGGAAGAUGAACACGCUUCACUGAAGACAGGAGCGAGCCAUCAAUGGCUGAAUCCACGCAUCGACGGUCCGCGACCAAAUACUACAAGCUCCGCAUCGAAAUUGCAGAAGUCUGUAUCCGUUUGUGGAAGCAUCAUCCGCUUCAGCAGCGAGAGUCUCUUGACACGGAAGCUAUCCACCGCAAGUUCAAGCUCAGAGGGAAGCUUUGCCAAGCAGCAGAGACUAUCCAUUGCUCAGAUCGGAACAGCGAAUAGCAUCAUGAUGAGCCGUGUAUCCUCGUCCAACUCCCUGACGGGCUCACUCGGCGGCGUGCAAAAAGUCUCCACUCCUCCCCGCAAGAUCAGGAACAGGAGACAGUCCGUAUCCGCCAGUGGAUCUCCAGCAGAGCGUAGACGAGCAGGAAUUCUACGCGAUAUCUCCGGAAAGGCAAGCAAGUUCACCGUGAACCGCGAAUCUUCAGAUUCCACCCCGAACUCUGGACGCAGCAGCYGUGGGAAUCCAUUCCAAUGGGACACUAGUGCCACGAAACUCAAUGUUCCUAGCGMACUGAAAGGAAGUCCCAAUGCCCGUAAAGGUCAUCGGAGACAGAACUGCGUACGCAUCAGUACCUUGACUCCGCAAGUUCUGGGACCUGUGCGCAGCAGAUCCGCCAGCCCAGCAGGCCUUAUGGAUCGCAUUAAAGAGGAGAGCGAAUGUGACGAGUUCCAUCGCGCUGAAAGUGGCGAGGUGGAWGGAAACGAGAAGCAGCUUAUUGUGCAGAAGAGACGGCCUAGCCCCAUGCGCCAGUUCAGCAGCUCCACCCUCCCCGACAAUCUACGGGUCAAGACCCUACGAGCAUCAAUCACAUCCGACUCACCAACGUUGUCAGUCUGGAAUGCGUACCAAGAAGCUGCAGGUCUCACAUCCGCAGCCUCCGAUUCGAACCUGCCAAUCUCUCCAGAUGGAAGCAGACCGGGCUCAAAACAAUCCAAUCGCUCAUCAGGAACCUUUGACAUUCCCAAAUUCCCCACUCCAAGCAAGUCGCAAGCGUCCGUGGCAGCGGUAAACCGUGCAACACCAUUGCCAGAGUUCUCCAUGGACUUUGACAAUGAAAAGGACGGAUCGUCGCCGUUCGCGUUGGCAAGCUCACCUUCUUCCAGCGAGGCCUCACCAGUCUCGCCGCUCUCACCAGACGCUCGCGUUUCGCGUGUUUCGCAAGUCUCGCCUGUAGCAUUCCAAUUGCCUUCCAGUCCACCAGAUCAGCUGUCAGCCAAGAAGGAAUAUGAUCCCGCCUGGCCUGCGAUCCACAUGCCUAUAUUCGGCGGGGAGGGCGAUGAAUACGAUCCUGCAAGUCCACCUGAGAUGUCGUGGGACGCAAUGGACCCCGAGCGGAGUUCUUGUUUCCUUCCAUUUGCCGCCGGGAACAUUUUUGGCGACGAUCGAGAAGAUAGGACUCAGACGAACAGAGUCGCGAAAGAGGAAUCGCCGCCAUGCUCACCAAAAAGCUCUCCCAUGCCAGACACUCAAGCGAGAGAUGUUGAAACCUUGACAAGCUCCAAUGCAAGCAGAAUGAUGUCUCGUCUUCCCUCAACCAGCUCUUCAGGUGUGUUGGGGCUGAACAGCAUCCCAAUCCUACUCCCACCAACCACCUCGGAAGAUCCAGCCUACCAGCUACCGGAAUGGAAACCGCCCGCAGUACCCACACAAAGCAGCGCUCCUCGACCACGUCGCGUUACAAGUACCGGUUCGCCGAACAGAAUCCGACGAAGAUCCCCAGAGCCUUUCUUACCCACCAUUCCACAGAGCAGCUCACCUCCACAAGCCCCAAAAUUUCACACCGUUCGACCAUUCAAUACUGCACCCCCGGCCAAGAGCAACACCCUCCAAGCGCCUGGAAAUACCAGUCCAAAAGGUCCCCGUAACGCCCCAGCCAAGUCCGUGCUGAACAACAUCUCCAAAUUACGACGCAUGAACAGUGAAUGCAACACAGGAACUCCCAACCGCCAGAGCAGAAAUUGGCAACUUCUAGGUCGCCAAGCCAGUCCAAGUCUACCCUUCACAGGCGCAAUACUACCGACAGAGGAUAGCAGCAACAGUCUGUUUGAUUUCGACUUUGGCACUCGCACAUCGGAGCAGUAUACGCAAGGAGGUGCCGCUGAUGGCGAGGUAGAAAAUGGCAUGGGAAAUCUCUUGGACAAGAACACUUUUGAUCGAGUCCUAGAUGGAGCACUCGCAGGCUUUCAUGCCGAGUUUACGAGUUGGAGUGCCGAAAAGGACAAGAAUGGCGAGCAGAGGCCGACUUCGAGCGUCUGGGAUGAUGGAGAGCGAUUCUGGCAGAAGCAGCCAGAUUCAGCGGAAACUCCGUCCUGCAAAGUCCAUGCAGCGGAGGCCACGCCUCGAAGGAGUGCGGAGCCGACGUUUGAUCCAAAAAUGUUGUCCACCACUCCGAGGCAGAUGGCAACGCAGAUGAACUCGCCAGGGAACACGCCAAAGAGCUUGUACGACGCCGACGGCUUUUUGAAGACUUAG